GUAAAACUGAAAUAAAUUCCGAGCGAGGAUCAGAUUCUUGCCAUUCCGGUGCAAUGAUAAUUUCAUACCCUUCGUCCCUCCUACCAGCCCGCAUUUUAGUCGUCUUGCUACUCGUUGGCUAUGCAACGAGCGCACACCACCACCACAACAACCAUGUGAGCAAGAAUGCUACAAACCAAAUCCUCCAACAAGCCUACGUUGCUCUCCAGGCUUGGAAACGUGUCAUCUACUCUGAUCCAAUGAACUUCACUUCUAACUGGGACGGCCCUAACGUAUGCAAUUACACUGGAGUCUAUUGUGCGCCACAUCUCAAUGACACGAACGUUCUUGUGGUUGCGGGCAUUGACCUCAACCAUGCUGACAUAGCCGGCUUUCUGCCUGAUGAGUUAGGCCUCCUCUCUGAACUUGCUUUGCUUCAUUUGAACAGCAACCGUUUCUGUGGAAUCCUCCCCCCAACUCUAUCAAACCUUUCUUUGCUCUUUGAGCUUGAUAUCAGCAAUAAUAGAUUUGUAGGGCCUUUCCCAUCUGUAGUGCUCUCUCUGCCUUCACUAUAUUACCUAGACAUUCGUUUCAACGAGUUUGAAGGGCAGUUGCCACCUCAACUUUUCAACAAAAAACUCGACGCUAUAUUCCUCAAUAACAAUCGCUUCACCUCUAUAAUACCGCCAAAUUUAGGCCCAAGCACUGCUUCUGUUGUGGUUUUCGCCAACAACGGUUUUGGAGGAUGCCUCCCUCCAAGCAUAGCCAAAUUUGCAAACACUUUAGAAGAAUUGCUGCUGAUAAACACGAGUAUAUCGGGCUGUUUACCAACUGAGGUAGGAUUUCUUUACAAACUAAGAGUACUCGACGUGAGCUUCAACCAAAUAGUCGGUCCAAUACCGUAUAGCCUUGCAGGUUUAGCUCACCUGGAGCUACUAAACUUAGCCCAUAACAAGUUGAGUGGAAUAGUGCCGGACGGAGUAUGUGUUUUGCCUAACUUGGCAAAUUUCACCUUCUCUUACAACUUCUUCUGUGAGGAGGAGGGCAUCUGUAGCAAUUUAACUUCAAAAGGGAUUGUCUUCGAUGAUCGUAGAAACUGUCUGCCAGAAAAGCCACUCCAAAGGAGUAAGAAGGAAUGUGAGGCUGAGAGGCCUGUUGAUUGCUUUGAUCAUGUUUGCGGCAAGUCUACCAGUAGUUCUGCUGCUUCUUACCACAUCCCUUUGUCCUCAACUCCUCCUCCUUAAUAUCUACUUGUUUAAAUUAUGUUAUAACCAUCUGAACUAGUUAGCAGAUGGAAGAAUAAUUAAUGAUUGUAAUACGACUUGUAUAGGUUUUACACAUGUAAACAAAUUGGCGUGUACAUUCACUUGUAUACCAUGUAUAAUUAUACUUAAUAUUUGUGAAGCUUCGCAUUA